GAGGAGGAAGGAACAGAAGAAGGAGCAGUCUGACUUGACAGCGAUUUCUCGUGAGGAAAUUAAAGAAACAACAGCUUCAGCGAUGAGGACUUCGCCGGUGCUGAUCUCCACAGCGGUUCUGGCGCUGCUGCUCAGCUCGCCGAGAAGUACGGACGCCGACACCUUUCAAGGCGCUAUCCCUCACCCGAACAAGUACGACCCACAGGAACCGGAUAGAUGCCAACAGCCGGCCAUCGGUGGACUCAUUUCCCGCGGGGCAGGGCCCGUGACCUCCACCGACGAGGUGCUGGAGUCCAGCCAGGAGGCGCUGCACGUCACGGAGCGUCGCUACCUGCGGCUGGACUGGUGCAAGACGCAGCCGCUGAAGCAGACCAUCCGCGAGGAGGGCUGCCUGAGCCGCACCAUCAUCAACCGCUUCUGCUACGGACAGUGCAACUCCUUCUACAUCCCGAGGCACAACUACCAGGACGGGGACGUGUUUCAGUCCUGCUCUGCGUGCAAGCCCAAAACCUUCAGCACCGUCACGUACACCCUCUUCUGCCCGGGCCAGACGCCCAGCACCAGGAAGAAACGGAUCCAGCGCGUAAAGCUGUGCCGCUGCACGACCAUAGAUACGGAUUAGACGCGCCCAGGCUGAACAAAUCCUCUCCCUUUUGGGGGAAAGGCGCAGAAAUAAAAUUUUUAAAAAAAGAAGAAGAGUGUAUUGCUAAAAGGACACGUGGAAAUAAAGAGGGAAGGUGAGGAUGUUACCUGAGCCUUGGUUUAAAAAAAAACCAUUAUAAUGGAGAGAAAAUGGCAGCAAUGUUCCCUCUAAGAUGUCCAGAUGUCUUGUAAAUUAUUAGCUACGCUUCUACAAAGUCAAAAUGUAACAAUUUAUAAUGUCAGAGCCCUCAGAAAAGUGUGUAAGGAUGUCGAUGGGUGUAUUGUUUCCACUGUGUGGGAUGUGAAGCUGAAGGCUUUUAAUGAUACAGACAUUUCUUUUUACAACCUGCACUGCUAAAUGCCACUUCAUUUGACGACUCUGUGUAUAAUAUGUGUAUCAUGUGUUGUAAAUAAAACAGUUUCGAAGCUACCAGA